AUGGCUAGUUCAGUGUCUGAUAUCCGCUCCCCCUUUCGCUGCAGCCUCUCUCUGUCCUCCUCAAAUGGGAGGAGCGUGGAAGUGACUCUGGGGAGCACGGUCAUUGAGCUCUUACUGCAUCGUUCCAAACAAGACUUUCUGUGGCUCAAAAUAAAUCUGGACGAUUUCUCUGCAGUAAGCACUGGGCUGCUGGUAACCUUUGUCUCCUUUGCUUCUCUAGCUGCUAAAGGAAAUCUCACAGGAGGGAUUCGAUUUCCCUGUGCCGGUUGUGGGAAGACUUUCAGCUGUUUAUCACAUCUUAAAAUCCACCAUCGCGUUCACACAGGAGAGAAACCCCAUCAGUGUUUUGAGUGUGGGAAGAGAUUCACGCAGUUACAGAAUCUUAAAACACACCAGCGUGUUCACACAGGCGAGAAACCUUACCCCUGCACUGACUGUGGGAAGAGAUUCACACAGCUUGUAAAUCUGCGAUCGCACCAGCGCACUCACACAGGCAAGAAGCCUUAUCGCUGUCCUGAAUGCAGGACCAGUUUCACUCGUUUAUCACACCUGAAAAUCCAUCAGCGCAUUCACACAGGAGAGAAACCUUAUCACUGCACUGAGUGUGGGAAGAGUUUCACACGAUUAGGAAAUCUUCAAUCGCACCAGCGCAUUCACACAGGAGAGAAACCGUAUCACUGUACUGAGUGUGGGAGGAGUUUCUCACAUUUGGGAAAUCUUCACUCACACCAACGCCUUCACACAGGAUUGAAACCUAAUCGCUGCACAGAGUGUGGGAAGAGUUUCACAAUGAUACAAAGUCUUAAAAUCCACCAGCGCAUUCACACAGGAGAGAAACCUUAUCACUGCACUGGGUGCGAGAAGAAAUUCACACAGUUAGGACAUCUUCAAGCACACCAGCGCAUUCACACAGGAGAGAAACCUUAUUACUGCGAAGAGUGUGGGAAGAGUUUCACGCUGUUACAGAAUCUUAAAAGACACCAGCGCGUUCACACAGGCGAGAAACCUUAUCACUGCUCUGUGUGUGGGAAGAGAUUCACCCAGUUCGGACAUCUUCAGUCACACCAGCGCAUUCACACAGGAGAGAAACCUUAUCACUGCACAGAGUGUGGGAGGAAUUUCACUCUGUUACAAAAUCUUAAAAGACACCAGUGCAGUCACACAGGAGAGAAACCUUAUCACUGUGCUCAAUGCGAGAAGAGUUUCACAUAUUUAAGUUCCUUGAAAAUGCACCAGCAGACUCACAGAGACAAAUCUUAUCAAUGUGGCGAAUGUUUAAAGCGAUUCUGUCAGUUAUCAAACCUUAAAAGACACCAGAAAAAUUCACACGAGAGUGAAGCCCUAUCCCUGUACUGAAUGAGGGGAAAAAGUUCAGUCAGUUACUGGGUCUUGAAGGACACAAAACUCUUGAAGAUACCUAAACACUACGUUUUCAGAUCAAAAACCUACACUCACAGAUGGAACAUAUGAUACUACAUCUUAUUUGAACCAUUCAUCAUCUUGUUAACCAUUCAAAUUUUGUUACAUCACAUUAGUAUAUGAAAUACAGUGCUGCCUCGCUAUAACCCUGGUCUCGGGGACACACAAUAUCAGAGUUAUAAUCGAAGAGCGUUAUAAACUGGGGAGGACGUGGGGGGCGCCACGGGACACACAACAACACACAUCUGACUAAAAUACAAAAUAAAAUAACUCCCUCUCUGUAAUGCACAUAUAGUGAAGCAAAAAUGUAACUUUUCAUGAAUUUAACCAUAAAUAAAGCACCAUGUCAUCAACGCAACGUUCCCACUUGUGGAUCAUUUUAAUUAGCAGUUUUUAAACUAUAAAUAGUCCGGCUUAACGUCGGUCAGGAGUUCUGUUUGAAGCGACAGACAAGUGCGAGAAGGAGAGAGGGGAAGAGGGAAUGGGCUCGCCCCAAGUUCA